AUGUCUUCUCAAUCUACCACCUCUCCCCCGGAUCAAACCAAAUCGACAAAGAAAAUCAAUCGACCCUUGGCCAGUUGUUCGGCUUGUCGCUUGAAACCUUGUGAAAAGCGUAAGAGUGAAUGUAACUACGAUGGCGCAAGGCAUCCGUCGAUACUGGCCACACGCCGUGCUACAGACCGCGAGAGACAAGAUCAGUAUGUUCGAGAAUUGGAGCAGAGAAUCCGUGUACUUGAACAGGCCAAAUCGCCCUCACCCUGUCCUGUUACCGAAUCAACCACUCGGCCUGUUUCGAUUGACUUUGGUAUCGAUGAUCUCACCCAUAACUUAAGUCAAAUCACUUUGGGACCUCGUUUACGGGCUCCCAAGCCGCAAUAUCAUUUGCAAACCGAAAUAGAGACACUCAUCGCCUCCUCUAAGAAUCGCCCCGCUGUCUUUUUCGCCCAAACUUCUUUCAAUAUGAGCUUAAUCCCCAACGGACCGCCUACGACAAUCGAAAGCUUGCGAGAAAGUUUACCGUCACCUGAAGAGCUCGCCGAAUUGGCGGGGUACUUUUUUGCUUACCUGAAUUCCGCAUUUCCUUGUAUCGAAUCGUCAAGUUGGCCUGAUGCGGUACUCCUUUGCUAUGAUCUUCACGAUGUCAAUCGAAUUUCACCCGAAGACAUUCAUCGCUUUGCAGCAGUCCUCGCCGUGGCGGCUCAUGGACUCCUGCACAAAGCUAGCGUAAACAGCGAUGCAUGGCUCACCCCACAUCACCAACAACAGACGGCUCGGGCCCAUCGUUGGUUUCAUCUUGCUCUCGGUGCGCUACAACUCGAAGAAGGCGCCAUUUUCACCCGUCCUACCGUUUGGGGCAUCCGCGCCAUGGCUCUCUUAGCUAAUGCACAAUUCUCGUACGAAAAGGUUUCAUGA